CGUAUGUCGUAGCUUAUAAAUACAAAGGGGAGGUAUGAUAGUGUUCAGUUACAUUUGCAGGUAGGAGUAUAUAUAUGUGUGUAUAGACCUGGUAUGUCCACAUGUAACUGUCCAUAUUCCUAACUUAUACUGUAACUUCGAUCGAGAUACCUUGGCAUCCAACCACUUCAACUCCAUACAAUGGCAACUCCAAAGAUUAUUCUGUACACGAACCAUGGCUGUCCAUGGGCACAUCGGGCGCACAUUGCCCUGGCCGAGCUCAAGCUACCAUUCGAGGAGAAAAUUAUCGACUUGACGGUUCCCCGUACUCCGGAAUAUCUAAAAAUAAACCCUCGGGGUCUAGUGCCAGCUUUGUCCUUCAACAGCGAAAUCCUCACCGAGUCCUCCGUAGUCUCCAACUUCUUGGCCGACGCUUACCCAUCUCAUCUUCUUCCCGCAUCUAACGAACCCGGUGCUGCUCUCCUUCGCGCCAGGAUUGCUUUCUUUGCCGAUACUUUCAUUUCCAAGUUGAACGGCAUAUUCUUCAAGGCUCAAUUUGCGAAGACGGACGCCGAGGCGGAGAGCUUUGCAAACGAGUACGUAGACGUAGCUGUGAAGGAGCUCGAGCCGCUCCUAGGUAACGCAGCUCCAUUCUUCAAUGGUAGUGACAAGCUCACACAAGCCGAGGUCCUAACGGGCUCGUUUGCAUUACGUCUCUUUACUCUACCGAAGCACGGCGUGGUGCCUGAGCACAUCCUCACCGAUCUAUCCACCAAAGCCCCCAAUUUUUACCGGUGGGUCGAGGCUGUUUCUAAGCAUCCUAGUGUGACAGGGAUAUAUAAUGAGGAGGCCGUUGUGGCAUGGGCCAAGAAAAGGGCUGCUCUAGCACGAGCUUCUGCUUGAACAAGUCUAUCUACCCUCAUGUUCUUAAAGGUAGUCGAUGGGGAAUACAACUAAAGCACGAAGAUGUAAAUAGAAUUUACAUCAAUGACUUUUAUCGAUGACGCUUACUAUUGACGUCCGCUCGGUAGAGGUAGAUAUUACAACACGUAAAUCUGGAAGCAAAUCCGCGUUCGAUUCGUUCGAGUUGGAACUUGGACUAUAGCCACAUAAUCCACAAAUGACUGAUCGCUUAAAAGUGGCUAGCUUCCUUUUCUUCUUUUUCUACAAGUGUUGGUUCUAACCUGCAUCAUGCCAUGUUCGUAAGGCGCACUUCUACAUCGGAUAUAUCGGAAUCGCUCGGAGAACGUCGGAGAUCAUGGUUUCGUUACUUUUAUGCGGAUUCGCCUUGCAUAUGCUAUCGGUAUCACCCAUACCUGAACCAGAAGAAGAGGGACGUUGGGACAUUUUGG